AUGGCAUCCUCUCUUGAAAAAUUGGAGACCCAGCUAGAAAUGUUUACAGAAAAUGUUCGCCAACUAGGUAUCAUUGUGAGCGACUUCCAAGCCACAGGGUCAAGGUGUCUUCAAUCAAAAAAUGUAAGCUUUGUACAUGGAUUGCAAGAAAUUGACAAGUUAAAGAAUGAAGUGCAAGAUGUGCAAGUUCCUCUUGAGGUGUUCGACUACAUCGAUCAGGGUCGAAACCCCCAGCUGUACACCAAGGACUGUAUGGAGAAGGCGCUCACGAAAAAUGAAGAGGUCAAGGGAAAGAUUGACUCAUACAAGCGCUUCAAGGCGAAUAUGAAGGUAGAGCUGUCCCAGGUAUUCCCCAAUGAGAUGGCGAAGUACCGCGCGGUGAGGAAAGUCAGUGAGCAGCCCCCUGCUGAGGAACAUUGGGGCUGAGGAACGCUCGGCCGCCUCUCGCUCCAUACCUUCUCAACACUGUUCCAUAUUCAUACUCGUUACCAUGUUGUUUGCCACGUGCUGUCAUCAACGAAUAUAUGCGGGCUGUCA